AUGCAUGAACUUGGAGUCUCCCCUCGCCUCCAAUUCAUCGACGUCUACUCGAUCCAUGACCGUCCCGUCGAGGCUCCGAUAAAAGCCUUGAUUCUGAAUAUCCCACGCUGCGAGGCUUACGAUUGUAGAGAUAUGGGUGUUGCCAAGAGAGCCUACAACCUUGUUGCAGAUGCUGGUUCGACAGAAAUCCCAGUUGACAGCGACUCCGUAGAUCAUCAUUAUGCCUGCUUUGUCAAGUCAAGACAAAGGACGCUGCUUGAAUUAGAUGGAGAAGCGCAUGGACCGAUCUGCCAUGGUUCCGAAGAGCUGGAUGUUUGGAACCAUGGAAUGGCGAAGAUCAAGGAGAGAUAUAUCCGGAAUAAUGAGAGAGACCGGUUUGAUGUUGCAAAUGCAUGCGCAUCGGUUGGUGUUUGGCUGAUGCAAACACGGCAAACACAAGCAAUGACACCGGAUGAUGUCAAUCCCGUCAUUGAAUUAUUCAUCCAUAUUGUUCGCAAGACCAUCCCCGGAUGA